CAGCUGGGAAGCCCGGCCUCCCGGGUGACAAAGGUGCCAUUGGGAUGCCAGGACGUGUGGGAGUAAAGGGCCAACCAGGCGAGAAGGGGGCCCCAGGCGACGCCGGGAUGUCCAUCAUCGGCCCUCGCGGCCCCCCUGGCCAGCCGGGCACCCGAGGCUUCCCCGGAUUCCCGGGCCCCAUUGGACUGGACGGCAGGCCGGGUUACUCCGGACCCAAAGGAGAGAUGGGUCCUCAGGGACAGAAAGGAGAAAAGGGCCAGUGUGGAGAGUACCCGCACCGGCUGCUGCCUCUCCUCAACUCCGUGCGCCUGGCUCCGCCCCCGGUCAUUAAGAGGCGCACCUUCCAGGGCGAACAGGGCCAGACAGGCAUCCAAGGCCCCCCAGGCCCCCCGGGGCCCCCUGGACCAAGUGGCCUUCUGGGGCCUCCAGGACUGCCCGGCCCCAUGGGACCGCCUGGCUUACCUGGACCUCCUGGACCCAAGGGAGACCCUGGAGUCCAGGGCUACCACGGCCGGAAGGGAGAAAGGGGCAUGCCAGGGAUGCCCGGCAAGCACGGCGCCAAGGGGGCGCCAGGAAUCGCGGUGGCUGGGAUGAAGGGUGAGCCUGGGACCCCAGGAGCCAAGGGCGAGAAGGGGGCUGCGGGCACUCCCGGGCUCCUUGGACUCCUGGGGCAGAAGGGAGAGAAGGGCGACGCAGGAAACGCCAUUGGAGGAGGCAGAGGGGAGCCCGGACCCCCAGGACUCCCGGGGCCCCCGGGGCCAAAGGGAGAAGCUGGCGCUGAGGGCCAGGCCGGGGCCCCUGGACAGCAAGGAAGCAAGGGGGAUCCCGGAGCAGCUGGAGUGCAGGGACCCGCUGGCCCCCCGGGCGCCAAGGGGGAACCGGGCAAAGGCGAGAUGGUGGGCUACAACGGCAACAUCAGCGAGGCGCUCCAGGAGAUCCGCACGCUGGCCCUGAUGGGCCCACCUGGUCUUCCCGGGCAAAUCGGCCCACCUGGUGCUCCAGGGACCCCAGGCCAAAAGGGGGAGAUCGGGCUGCCGGGGCCUCCAGGCCAUGACGGGGAAAAGGGGCCUCGAGGCAAACCCGGAGACAUGGGCCCGCCCGGUCCCCAAGGCCCCCCGGGAAAGGCCGGGCCUGCAGGCACCAAGGGAGAAGGCGGAGAGACGGGGAGCCCAGGAGAGAAGGGGGCCAAGGGGGAGCCGGGCCAGGCGGGCUCUCCGGGUCUGGAUGGCCCAACUGGGGAGAAAGGAGAACCAGGCAGCCCAGGCAGACCAGGGGCCACAGGGCUGCCCGGCCCCAUCGGGCUGCCGGGAUUCACGGGAGAGAAAGGAGAGCCCGGGGAGAAGGGGGACUCAGGAGCAGAGCUUCCUGGGCCACCUGGGCCAGAAGGGCCUCCCGGACCUCCGGGCCUCCAGGGCGUUCCUGGACCAAAGGGGGAAGUGGGACUGGAAGGAGCGAAGGGAGAGCAAGGCAUCCAGGGAGAAAAAGGAGACCGAGGGGCGCUGGGCCUCCCCGGAGCUUCAGGUUUGGACGGCAGGCCUGGGCCACCGGGUACUCCGGGACCAACUGGAGUUCCAGGCCCAGUGGGACCAAAGGGAGAGAGGGGCAGCAAAGGUGACCCUGGGAUGACAGGACCAAUGGGAGCAGCCGGGCUUCCUGGUUUACACGGACCACCUGGGGACAAAGGAAACCGGGGGGAGCGGGGAAAGAAAGGAUCUCGAGGGGCUAAAGGGGAUAAGGGAGACCAAGGCGCACCCGGAUUAGAUGCCCCCUGCCCGUUGGGCGAAGACGGCUUACCCGUCCAGGGCUGCUGGAACAAGUGAUGCCUCUAACCUGGGAUUGGCCUGAGUGUGUGUGUGUACAUAGAAUAUUUAUUUUUAUACAGUUUUCACUCUCUGAAAAUGCCAGAAGGAUGAUGCAUAUUACAGAUUAUUAAAAAACGAAAAGAAAAAAAG